AGAAGACACCAAAAGCAGCAACAUACAGAAACACUCUAUCCCUAACGCGGCUCUCUAUCUAUCUCAGUUGCCAUUCCUCGUUAUCCCAAAACAAACAAAGGCGGCCAUGUCUCCAGGUCCCGUUGUUGAGGCUGAGACCACCAACCCUGAAGUAGCUGCUGAGCAGAUCCCCGCCACUGACGAUGAGACCAAGAAAAUACUUCAGCAUGAGGAUGAGCCUGUAGUGGAGGACGUGAAAGAGGACGAGAAGGACGAUGACGAAGAUGACGACGACGACGACGACGACGACGACGAGGAUGAUGAUAAGGAAGCUGGUACUCCAGGUGCAAAUGGGAGUUCAAAGCAGAGCAGAAGUGAAAAGAAAAGUCGCAAGGCAAUGUUGAAGCUGGGGAUGAAACCGGUUACUGGUGUAAGCAGGGUCACCAUCAAGAGAACUAAAAAUAUACUAUUUUUCAUUUCAAAGCCAGAUGUCUUUAAGAGUCCAAACUCUGAGACAUAUGUCAUAUUUGGGGAGGCUAAGAUUGAGGAUUUGAGCUCUCAGUUGCAGACACAGGCUGCCCAACAAUUUAGGAUGCCAGAUAUGGCAUCUGUGCUUCCAAAAUCAGAUCUUUCUGGUGCAGCUGCUGCUGCUCAGGCUGAUGAAGAAGAGGAAGAAGUUGAUGAGACAGGGGUUGAGCCUCGAGACAUUGAUCUAGUUAUGACACAAGCAGGAGUACCAAGGAGCAAGGCUGUCAAGGCACUCAAGACACACAGUGGGGAUAUUGUUAGUGCUAUUAUGGAGCUUACUACUUAGAUGGGCUUGAGUUAGCGGCUUGUUUUAUCCUUGAAAUCUUGUUUUAUUCCUGAGUUCUUGGAACAUUUAGUUAAACUGUAGUCAUAUUGGCUCACUUAUCAUUAGGUGGCUGAAUUAUCUAUUAUUUCUUGCAAACUUCAGAUUUCUGUUGCAAUGCAGUUUUUGAGUAGUGAUAUCAA